AUGGCUCGUACUAAGCAAACCGCCCGUAAAUCGACUGGAGGAAAGGCUCCCCGCAAGCAGCUGGCCACCAAGGUAGAUUUCACUGGAUUAGUUGAUAAUUAGCAUUGAUUUAAACUUGAAAGCUCAACAGUCAUUUCAUUAUUUUUUUUCGAUUGAAUGAAUUUGGAGUGUUAAUAUGUAGUUUUAAUAUCUAAUAUUAAAUUAUUCAUUUUCAGGCCGCUCGCAAGUCCGCCCCGGCGACUGGCGGAGUCAAGAAGCCCCACAGAUACCGUCCUGGAACCGUCGCUCUCCGCGAGAUCCGACGCUACCAGAAGUCGACGGAGCUUCUGAUCCGCAAACUGCCGUUCCAGCGCCUUGUCCGCGAGAUCGCCCAAGACUUCAAGACCGAUCUUCGGUUCCAGUCGUCGGCCGUGAUGGCUCUCCAGGAGGCCGCCGAAGCGUACCUCGUUGGUCUUUUCGAAGACACCAACUUGUGCGCCAUCCACGCCAAGCGAGUCACCAUCAUGCCCAAGGACAUCCAGCUUGCGCGACGCAUCCGAGGAGAACGAGCCUAA